GAACAAAAUUGCGCAACUGUGCAUUAGAAAGGGCAGAAAGUUGGCAGAAAGAGCUUGACGGCCGAAAAUAUUAAUAUAUCGUGGUUAUUUUUAUUUUAUGGUCAAUCCCAUUCAUGAUGCUGGUGUGUGUUGCUUAGGGUGGUCCAGGUGAAGAUUUUGAUUGGUCGAGAUAUUCCUUUGGGUUCUGGUUUGGUCUCAGCCAGCUGCCAAGACGAUAAGGAUUGUCUUACACAUCAACAUAACUCACUCAUAACUGGAGUUUAAAAUCUUACAAGCGGUAUAUUAGACAAACUGGCACUGAUGUAAAGCCACUCAAUAAACAGGUGAACACCUCACUGCGAUAGCAAUUCCCAGCUUCGACAUGGCUUCCUUGGGAGGCCUCGCUGACUUAUUCCACAAGGGGAAGACUUUUCGGCCGAAGAAGAACUUCCAGCCGGGCACGAUAAAGUAUUCACUGUACAAGCACGCCCAGGCAUCGCUGAACUGCGGGCUGGACCUGCGGCUGGCGGUCCGGCUGCCGCCCGGCGAGCAGCUCAACGACUGGAUCGCCGUGCACGUGGUAGACUUCUUCAACCGGAUCAACCUGAUCUACGGUACGGUCUGUGACAACUGCACGGAGGAGUCGUGUCCGGUGAUGUCCGGCGGACCGAAGUUCGAAUACCGCUGGGCCGACGGUGUCCGCUACAAGCGGCCCACCGCGCUGCCGGCACCCCAGUACAUCACACUGCUGAUGGAGUGGGUCGAAACGCAGAUCAACGACGAGUCGCUCUUCCCGGCCACUGUCGAUAAACCGUUUCCGAAAACGUUUAUCAGCCAGUGCAAGAAGAUGCUGACGCGGCUGUUCCGCGUAUUCGUACACGUCUACAUUCAUCACUUCGACUCGUUGGUCGCCAUAGGAGCGGAGGCCCAUGUCAACACAUGUUACAAGCACUUCUACUACUUUGUCACCGAGUUCGAGCUGGUUAAACCUCGCGAACUGGAGGCGCUGCGAGAGAUGACUGCCCGCAUUUGUCCCGGGGCGUCGGCGUCGGCGGCACGGCCGAGCUGCUCCGCCAGCGCCGCCGGCCGGCCGCCGCCGACGCCGCCCCCGUGAGGGGUCGCCCCGGUACGGGCUGGGCCGGGUCAGAGGCGCCACGGGCGGGGAACAGUCACCAGCGCCGGCAGAGGGGCCCAACGGUGCUGCCGUCCGCCGGAGAGGCAGUGCUGUGAUGUGACGGUGCCGCCCAUAGGUCGCCAGAGUACAGAACCCGGUUGUGGAUGAAUGCUCUCUUCGCCCGCUCGCUGGUUGGUUGUGAGGCGGGUCUGUUGGUCUGUGAGAAGUGUUCGCAGUGAGCAGACCAGCAAAGAAGAGCGCUCUUCAGUGACCAUAUGUGAUAAUGAAUGUAAUAAGUGGUGAUAGAUGCUUUUCCUGAAGCUAGACGCCGCGUAGUGUGCAAAUUUUUUAGUGAUCGGUAAUGUGACGCCUUAGUCUAGGAUAAGGAUCAGUUAAUGAAAUUCAUUGAUAGUUUUGUAAAGCUAGUUAUUGAACGCCGGGAACAAUGGACUAAAACAUACAUUUUGAACUCUCAGAGAAAUCAUCUAUCGUGUUGUUACUGUUAGUCGGGGGAAUAUUUCGGUACAAUAAAAGGGAUUCUCCCACCUUAAAAAAAGGUUUAUGCAUUGGCAUAAAAGUGAUAUCGCUCGAUUCAGAAAGAGCAAAAACGAAUAUCUACCAAAUUUCACCGAAAAAUGUUCACUGGUUUUCAUUUCAAUAUAUUACACUUUAGCUUUUGUAUACUUCUCGGGACCUCCGCUGUUCCUGUGACGUCAAUUGGAAGCAAUGGCAUCCUUAAAUUGCGGCAGAUGUUGCGCGCAGAACAGCAUAUACCACCACGUUUUGCCAAAGGGUUUAGCAUGCGAUUUAUGAUUUAAAAAUCGUUAGCUUGGCACUGACGUUACAAAUUCAGAGGGGGCAUUGACAUGCAAUAGCCCCUCUGAAUCCAAAGUGCUGCAACUUUGAAAGUAAAUAUUUUCGAUUUAAGGCAUUUCUCGAUGUUGUGAGUGCCCAAACCGGUAAUUGCAAGCCAGGGAUCCCAAUUUGGCUAUCUCAACUCAAAACUAAUGUUAAGUUGAGAUGGUCACUGUAACUUCUAGUAUGGGCGAACGUUACCUGUAAAGUUGAAAUUGCUGCUUAUUUUCUAAAGCAUAGUGAUUGUGCAACUUUGACUAACUAGCUUCUAGGAGAGCUGUUCCGUAGCAGGCGGUGGUUGUGGGUCAGUGUUCAGCUAUCCUGUGUGAUAUACUGUUCGCGGUGUUACCGUUAUUGAUCAGAGUUUACGUCUGUUGCGGACAUAGUCACGUUUAGAGCAGUCAGUAGCUCUCAGCAGUGCGCCAGUCGGUCCCCACACACAUCUCUGUCCCCGCUGGCUGCCCAGUGUCGGCGCCCGGGAGUGUCGGGGCGGCCAGGGGCGUAUCACUCCCGUCAGUCACUCUGAGACCAGCCGGCCUGUGCACGGAGGCCGAGCGCGUGCUUUUAUAGGAAUCACAUAGUGACAUGGGGACGUAAUUAGCGUGAAUUUCAUCGAAUCUCAUCGCAUAGUCUGAUCGUGUUCUGGCAGCUUUUUGUGAUGUGUAUGUGGUGUGUUCAUGUAUGCUUAGUUUGCAGUUUGUAUGCGCUUUUUGUUUAUCGCUUUUUAUACAGCAAAACUAGAAUAUUUAUUUAGUACCGUUUCAUAUGCAGUCAUCAAACCUAUAUUAGCUUUUAGUUGAAUUUUGGAAAAGGUUAUGUACUUUUGCAAUCUUAGCCGGAGCGGAUUUUUGUGUUAACAUCUAUUUACUUCACUUACGCAGUCGCAUUUGUGCUUCUCCUUUGUGUACAGAAAAGCAUGACGACAAUCAACAUGACAUUGUUAAAUAAACGGCACUGACAAAAAA